AUGAAGAUGGCCUACGUGGAUGAGGCGCUCGUACUUGGAGUGCAUGCGGCCGCAGACGUUUCAUUCAGUGUCGCCCAACAACUGCUCGCCCUGCGAGCUCCUCUUCGCCCUACCAGUUUGCUUGCACUCUACCCUUUCAAGUCUAUUCGCACGUCAUCGGCAGUCCGCGCGGAUACAGCUACCUCAGUAGAUGCAAUGGUUGCCAAAGCAAAACUCGUUCAAUGCCCCGCCUGCAAAGGCACCAAGAAACUCGCCUGCCCAAAAUGUCUCGGCCGCUCGCACGCCGUCAAAUGCCGGCGCUGCCACGGCCAGGGUCGUGGCACCCUUCCCGGUUCCGCGACCGUUUAUCGCUGCGAUGCCGGGUGCAAUGCGAACGGAGAUUGGGCGGCGUGCCGCGUGUGCUGGAACGACGGAUGGGUCAGAGGCAAGGAAUGCACGAAUUACAAGAACUGGAAUCCGGAUGAGGUUAGCGACCUCUCGUUCUCAUACUCCACUGGAUACUUCCACAGUAUCUGGUCACACGGUUUGAAGACGCCGCCCUUCCAUACAAAGACUCCUCCCAAAGUGGAUUAA